CGAUGUGGAAGGGCUGGCUUGAUAUAAACCAGUUCAUUCCUAACAAGGCAGCGACAGUUGGGAUCAAAACUUAUGAAGUGUGUGAAUCGCGGAGUGGUUACCUGUGGCGGUUUGAAGUUCACGCAGGCCAUGACAUCUCGACUUCACAAGACGAUCCAAUUUCUGGCACAGUACCAGCUCUCGUGCUCAGACUUUUAAGUGGUCUUGAGCAUAAAGGGCACACAAUAUGGAUGGAUAAUUUUUAUAACUCUCCAGCGCUAGCCCGAGAACUUAAGACCCGCGGCUUUGACUGUGUGGGCACACUGCGGACUAACCGACAAUUUGUGCCGUACGAAUUGACGUCCCUUACAAAAAAGGAUAUGACAGUCGGUCAAGUGACGGGAUGCACCUCGGGAGAUGUGGAUCUUUUGGUGUGGAAAGAUAAAAACCGGGUGGCUUUUAUUUCCACAUACCAUGGUCUCGCAUCUGUUAGGUUUGAGGAAAGACUGAAGCCGACUGUCGCUUGCGAUUAUAACGUUUGUAUGGGCGGAGUAGACCGCAAGGACCAGCAGCUCGCAAUGUACCCCAUAGAGAGAAGAAGGACAAGAGUUUGGUACAAGAAGUUGUUUAGAAGGCUCUUAAACGCUAGUGUCUUGAACUCACACAUACUACACCAAGAUCAUUCAUUUUCACAUCGUAAGUUCCGGACGGUGUUGAUCACUCAAUUGUUGACUACUCAUACAAAACAUUCUCCACCUAGCACACAACUCACACCAAGACAAGUGCAUUGCCCGGCACAAUAUGAAUUAACCAAAAGCGGAAAAUCCGACCGCCUUAGGCGAGCAUGUGUCGUCUGCUCCAAGCGGACUAACAUAUUGUAUAGCCUGUAA